UUUGGAUUUGAAAACAAUGUAACGAGGAAGAAGUCUUUUCUAUUUUUUUGAAUUCAGGACCCGAGGAAUAAGCAGCUCUUUUCCACCCUAGCAAAGUUUAAAGUUUGAAUCGUCACAGUGACAAUUUUAUCGUCGUAGAUUAGGGAGGGGUUUCCAAACGUGUGUGAGUUGUUAAAGUGGCAGCAGUUGGUGGGCUGGUUGAUUAAAGUCGCUGUUGGAUGAUCUAUACCACCAUUAUCGGAAACAGUUCUAAAUCUUUAUUAUGAAGUUGGAUCAGACAAGUGAUGAGUCGUCUAAUACGUUACUGUCGAAGGUUUGUCGCCCGAUCACUGUGAUACACCAAACCAUAAUUGAUAAGCUCUAUCCGUAUAGGAUAACUAGAUGGCUGUUUGCAUUGUUGUUAUUUGCCAUUUAUGUGCUCCGGAUAGCAUCUAUCCAGGGUUUCCAUAUAGUUAGCUAUACUCUAGCAAUAUACUUAUUGAGUUUAUUCAUAUCAUUUAUUUCCCCAAAAGUAGAUCCUGCUGCUGCAGAUUAUUCGGAUGAAAUCCCUACACUCCCACGAACUGUAGGUGAAGAGUUCAGACCUUUUAUACCAAGAUUACUUGAGUCAAAAUUCUGGCUCUCCACCGUCCGUGCUGUUUCAAUCAGUAUAUUUUGCACAUAUCUUCCCUUCUUGGAUAUUCCAGUAUUUUGGCCGAUACUAGUAAUGUAUUUUAUAAUGUUGUUUGCUAUUAUGAUGAAGAAGCAAAUCAAGGUUUGUCUUAUUAUUUUUUCAUAAUAUUUACCCAUGUGCAGUUAGUAUUUCCUAUUUGUUUAAUCCACUAUUCGUCCUAUCAGUUCGUUUUAAGGUUUAUAAUUCCAUUGAGUUUCCAGUAGAAAACUUCAGAUAUCAAAUACUAACUUUUCCAUUACCUUAUAUUGUUAGGUGCGAUACUUCAAUUUUGUGGAUCAGUUCACGUACUGUAGCAGUGAUUAUCUUACCCUCAGGUUUUAUAAAAGACACUAAAUAUAUGUGUUUGUUGAUAAAGUUCCAUAGCAUAAUGGGAUUGUUCCAUUCACAUAUUGAAAAGCUUUUUAAACCUUAAUUAUUUAAGAAAGCCCAUUGAGUUCCCCAUUUGUUAAUAAUUUAACGAAAUACAAUUUCAAGCAGCCGAAUUCGGGUUUUACUUCGUGUGAUGGUUAGUAAGGCUGCCCGACCUUCGAAAUUAAAGUAGAUAGCUUGAAGUUUAAACCUGCCACCUAAUCGUUAGAACUUGGUUACUGUGACUAUAGAGCCACCAUUUUAAUAAUCCUGUUUGUUAUUUCAUUUCAGAUACUAAGUUUUAGUCAUCAUAGAACCUGGUACAGAUGUACAUUUUGCUAAGUUCUCAUACUAUUUCAGGAUGGCAAAAUAAAAUUAAUAAGGUAAGUGGCGAGUGGGUAGUGAUAGUAUGAAUAAGAAAGUAAAUAUGGUUCGAAGACAAAAAACGAGAUGAAAGAAUAAAACGUAUUCACUGAUAUUGAAAAUAUUCAAAAAAAGAAUGAAUGAAUGGACCUUAAUCUUCUAAAUACUACGACACAACCGGGUCACUGAGGAUUAAGACUAAAUCCAAAACACCAGUAUUCAGCCUAUAAAUAAAUAAGCUACUUCAAAUACUCUAUUGUCGAUUAAUACCUGUUGUAUGUCUCAGAUAGUUCAUUCGGACAAUGGGUGUUCACAAAAUAAGAUAUCAAGUUAUUGUGUGACCGUUUGCAUUUAAUGACGUUAGUUAAGCUCAACUACGGAUGGCUGCGUUAAUUGUAACGUUUGAAAGGUACUGACAGCUUGUUCUUGUUCUCUGUCAAACACAUAUCAUGUAGUUCGGCGUUAUUUAUUCCAUUGCCUCAUAAAUAUGUAGCAUUUAAUCAUUUCUGUUGCUUGUCUGACUUUCUUUUUCCUUUGUAUGAUACAGCAUAUGAUUAAAUAUCGCUACGUUCCAUUUACUUAUGGGAAACCGAGACCUAUGGGACCAAACAAUAAGGAACAACCAUCUCCUGUGAUUAAUUCAUGAUUUAUAAUUACAAACAAGUUGUCUGCUUUAUCUUUUGUUCAUUUUAGGUAUUUGUACAUAGUUGUUUUGAUCUUAUCUUUGCUCUGUAUAUUUAAUUUUGAUUGUAUUUUUAUGCUUCAAAAGAGAAUGUCGAUUAUUGGAAAAUAGAAUGUCUUUGUUUUACAUCACAUAGUUUGUAUAUUUCUUUUUAUCGUUGAAAAAUCUCUUGGUCUUUUUCUAUAAUAAAGUUUAAAGCACGAAUCCAAAUAUUUUCAUUUUACGUUGGUCUGUCCAGUAAUUUCGGGAACUGAAGUUGUGAUACCUUUGUUUUACACGUUUCAAGGUACUUCACUCCAAUCUUUUAAAUACCCUGUAUUUACGGCAAUAUACUUGUCCCAUCUCUUCCUCCAUUGUUCUAAACGUCUUUUGCGAUCCUCAGAAUUCAAGCCCUUCCAGCUAUUUCCUUUCCUGUUUUGUUUUCUUUACAUCGUUUCCAUUCCCCCACUUGCACAAUCGUCUUGGAUUUCAGGAAUCAAAGUUACGACGUCCUAAGUCAAUUAAAUAGGGGGGAUCGUAAUAUGUGGUGGGCACUUACGGUCAGUCACCGCUGAUUGUCCCGACAAAUUACAGAAGGCAUUCAUCAGGAUCAGAUAAAUCACGAAUAUUUUUCUUAGUAUUUCAUUUCCUGCUUUUCGUUCCUUGUCUUGUGACUUCGGUCUGAUGCUAUAUCAGUUAUGUCCAUAAAUAACAACCUUAGCAACUAUUCAUAUAUUCACUGGAUGGACUUUACGUCCCAUCAGUUUAACCAGUUCAGAUAACUUAAGGUUCAUUUCACUACUGAUAAGUUAAUUAUACAGAGAUGGUAUUAAUUCAUGAUUGUCACCGUUUGUGUUCGUAUACUACUGUACAUUUGUUACACUGUUUUCUUGUUAUGUGAUAGUCAUUUUGUUGCUGAGCAUCAACGUCUUGGUAUGUCUACGCUUUGAUUAUAUAAUUCGUAGUUAGCGUCGAAACUAAGUUACUAACUGGCCUAAGGGAAUUACGUUAUUGACAAGGCUCUGAAAUCUUGUCUUGAGUUGAAUUUCACUCAGUUCCAUAUCGUUACAUAAUUAGGCUGUAUUGAUCAUAAUAUAGUAUUAAUCGGCUUCUGGAGGUCUUUUUAAAAAUAAAUAUGUAUGGAGUCCCCCUAUUCCAAUAUACCGAUGCAUCCCUCACUUGAGUUACAUUGACCAGGAAUGUCUCUCGUGGAACGGCCUACUGCGAGCUUCACAGUCAAAAGGCUACGUCAACUGUCCAGUUGCUUCGUGGUUCCAGAAUUAAUAGCUGGCGACAUUGGAACACAGUUUACUCCUACUACCUAGGAGUUUUUUGUCGGGAGAACGGGAUCAGUCACUCCUAAACAUUUCCGUCCCAUCCCUAAUCCAAUGGCUAGGUUGAAUGCCUUGUUGGAUCCAAAGAUGUCCUGGAGAAAUCAAGACGGAGUACGAUCGAAGAGAUGUUAGAAAGGUUCCUGCUUAUCUUUCGUUCUACAUCAUGGGGCACAAAGACGAUUGUUCGCUGUGGGUCAAAAAGUGCUUGCUAUGGACUAUCGUUGUGCACAUCCUACAUGUACAGCUGGUCGAUUCGUGCAAAAGAAAAAAAAGCGGUUUAUGGGGUCUCUGUUGACUCAGACGUUUAAGUUCGUCAUACUAACCAAUUAAAGUGGAGACGUAAGUAUGGGUAACUUCCAGGACCUAUUAAUGGACUAUUAUUCUACAUAUCUUCUUUCUCACAAGGGGGGUUUUUGUGGAGAUUUAGUAAUUUUAUAGUUAAGAUCAUGAGUCA